ACACACACACACACACACACACACACACACACAAAUGUGUUCAUUCACUCAGUCAGUCAAUUCAGAGCGGGUCCGGCCACAACAGCAAACCUCCUCAUGGCUCUAUGGACAGCGGCAUCCCUUUACCUGUGUUUCUUUCUGGGAGUAAACUGCUGGCAUGAUCUGGACAACACAGAGUAUGACUGUUGGCCAAUCAACAGUCCAAAUGAUUACAACAUGAUUAGCUGUGGUGGUCUGGAAAUGGCCUGGGUGCAGCGUCCUCCAGAGAAAGUAACCAAUGGGGAAGAGUUUAAUGUCUCAUACACGGUGACAGCCUCAGAUUCCUUCUAUGAUUACGCAGUCAGGAACAAGAUUUUCCAGUUCAGUAAUGCGUCAGAGGCAAAGAGGUUCUGUCAUGAACACGAGUGCCCGGCAAACUGGAACAACGCCAAUGAUAUUAAUUGCUGCGUGUAUCACGCCAACAUCCACUCCUGUCCUCUUGGUCUUAUGAAACAAGGUGGAAUCUGUGGCCCAUGGAUUCCUGACGAUGGUAAAAUAGUUACUCACACUGUCUCCAAAGCAGGCAAGAUGUCCCAGAAAUAUUGGACUUCAAAGGUGGUGCUGAUCCAUGUGGGAGUCACCUCAGUCAUUGCUCAUAUCAAAAUAGGACACAUGCACGCAGCACUGGAGUCCAAAGUGCUCGUUGUCAGUGCCCAAGUGUGCGGGGAUGACAUCUGCGAGCCAGAGGAGAGCUGUCUGAACUGUCCUGCAGACUGUGGCAUCUGCCCAAUGUCCAUCAUGAUCAAGGUGGCCAUUGGGCUUCCAGUUGCUCUCUUCAGCAGCGGCUUCAUCCUAACCAUGGUGUGGCUCCAGUACCAGAAACAGAGGAUGCUUUGGGAUGAAAGCUGGAUCAUCAACUACAAGAGCAUAAUAUUUGGAAGAGUGUGCAUGGACCUCGGCAGCAACAUGAGCCUGCAGCAAGCCAAGAGUAACUCCAACAUCAGUCGAACUACUGAUGUGACUGUGUGUACCGGAUUCAACUCCUCCUUUAAACAAGGCUUCAUUCAGCCAGGCAUCUAUGAUGGGAGGACGGUGGCAGUGAAGCACAUCCAGAAUAAACAUUUCACACUCUCUAAAACCAUCAGAAAAGAGGUGAAAGAAGUUAGGCAACUGGACCACCCCAAUCUAUGUAAAUUCAUUGGUGGUUCCAUCGAGGUCCCCUAUGUCAGCAUCAUCACAGAGCACUGCCCCAAAGGAAGUCUGUCUGAUGUCCUGCUGAAUGACGACAUCCCCAUCAACUGGGGCUUCAGACUGUCCUUUGCCACUGACAUUGCCCGCGGGAUGUCUUACCUCCACCAGCACAAGAUGUUUCAUGGGAGACUUCACUCCAGAAACUGUGUUAUUGAUGACCGCUGGGUGUGCAAAAUCUCAGAUUUCGGACUCACAGCCUACAGAAGGGAGGACUUUGAGACCGUCAGUAAUGGCUUCAAUUGUGGGGAUGUAAAUCGUGUAUACUGUGCCCCAGAGGUCCUGCUGGGAAGCAGCUCCAACAUGACGGCAGCAGCUGAUGUCUACAGCUACUCCAUUAUUUUGGUUGAGAUUGCAACUCGCUCUGACCUCCUUUUAGACCAGGCUGAGGGAGUGAGGAUGGAUAUCGUGUGGCGCCCCCCUCUGCCUGAAGUCAAAGCAGGGAAGGCAGAUACUGACUGUCCCAGUCAAGCAGACUACUGUGAGCUUAUUAAGAAGUGCUGGUGUCAUAACGUCACCAUUAGGCCCACGUUUGAGCAGGUGAAGAAGAUGCUCGACAAAAUGAACCCACACAAAGUCAGCCCUGUGGACAUGAUGAUGAACCUGAUGGAGAAGUACAGCAAACAUCUGGAGGCUAUAGUUGCGGAGAGAACACAGGACCUUCUUCAAGAGAAACAGAAGACGGAUCUGCUGUUAUACAGUAUGUUACCAAAACCGGUGGCUGAUGACCUUCGUCAAGGUCGAACAUCAGAGGCUCAGAGCUACUCCAAUGCCACUGUCUACUUCAGCGAUAUUGUCGGCUUUACUCAGCUGUCUGGUGCCAGCACUCCCCACCAGGUCGUAGACUUCCUCAAUCAGCUCUACACCACCUUUGAUGACAUUAUUGACAUUUACGACGUCUACAAAGUGGAGACAAUAGGCGAUGCUUACAUGGUGGUCUCUGGGGUCCCUCAAGAAAAUGGCAUCAAUCAUGCUGGAGAGAUAGCCAGCAUGGCUCUUGAUCUAGUCAGUGUCUGUCACACUUUCAAGAUCCCUCACAAACCCAACACACAGCUGAAGAUACGCGCCGGCAUUCACUCAGGUCCUGUUGUGGCCGGUGUGGUUGGCACCAAAAUGCCUCGCUACUGCCUGUUUGGGGACACUGUCAACACGGCAUCACGCAUGGAAUCAACAAGUGAAGCUCUGAAGAUCCAGGUGAGUGGUGCCACAGCUGACCUGCUUCACACACUCAGAGGUUACGUUCUGACAUGCAGAGGGACACUUAUUGUGAAGGGAAAAGGAGAGAUGACAACAUGGUGGCUUGAUGCAAAGAGAGGCGAUUACUCAGAUCCAUUGCUCAGAACAACUGAAUCCAGACUCCCAGUGCCAGUGAGUGACUAGAUCUGGGUAGAGCCUAAAAAGCGACAAUUACUGUAUGAAAACUGGUCAUGUUUUGUGUUGUGCAAUUGAAUUGUGUCCAGUGAGCAAUAUUGCAGUUAAAUGUAUACAAUGAUAGGAUGAACUUCUAGUUGAUCAUGAAUUUAAAGGUCAUACUGCACUGUAAACCUGAUAGAAGUUACCAGUCAAGUGUUCAGAAUUGUUUGUCAUUAGCAUAGUGCAAUUGUUGUGACCAGAAGUGAUGAAGACAAGCACUCUAAUAAUAAUUUGAAAUGCACAGUAUCUACAAGGAGGUGCAGAAUAUAGUCAUGUUUUAUUUUUUUCCACUUGUUGGGAAGAGUGUAAAAAAUAUGCAGAGAAACAUGCCAGAG